UUUUUUCCGCCGUGUUCCCUCCACAUCUAUCCGAAACUAAAAAUUCCCUCCCUUCCCUCGUUUUCUGCUAGCUCUUCCCCUAACCCCUUAACCCACUUUCCCUCUCUAACCCUCACUUUCUCUCUCUAACCCCUCUCUUUCUCUGUCUACCCACUCCGGAUCCCAUUUCGGCUCCCCAUAAACCCUGAACCUCCUCCUCCUCCUCUCUCUCUCCGAUUCUCUCGGUUCCCCAAACCCUAAAGAUCUGUCUCUCCUUCUCCGAUCGUCUUUGGCAAUCGGAAACCGCCGAUAGUUCGAGCCGGUCGAUCCCUCCAUGUCCAGCUGCGCUCGAGCUCCUAACCGCCAACCAACGCCGGCGACGGCGGCCACCGCCGGUGGCACCCAGAUCCUGCCGCCGCUGAGGCGUCACCUCGCGUUUGAGUCGACGAAGCCGCAGCCCUUCCCUCCGGAUAAUUACCAUCGAUUUGCUGGAAGUGCUCGCGGAGUUGGUGACCAAGAACCUGAAGCUAUUCAUGUUCGAUCUCCUCAACUUACACGGAAGGAUAAUAAUGAAGUUGAGUACAGUGAUUGGACUAGCAGUCCUGGAUAUACUAAUGUCGUUCAGAGUCCCCUUCAGACUCCCGUGUCUACAAAAGGGGGAAGGAUAAACAAUAGGUCAAAGGCGUCAAAGGGCAAUAGAUCUGGGCCUCAGACACCUGUGUCAAAUGCUGGCUCCCCUUCUCCUCUUACUCCAGCUGGCAGCUGUCGUUAUGACAGUUCUCUAGGUCUGUUGACAAAGAAAUUCAUCAAUUUGAUUAAGCAUGCAGAGGAUGGAAUUCUUGAUCUAAACAAAGCAGCAGAAACUUUGGAGGUUCAGAAGAGGCGGAUAUAUGACAUUACAAAUGUCUUGGAAGGCAUAGGUCUAAUUGAAAAGAAGCUCAAGAACAGAAUACGUUGGAAGGGAUUUGAUGCUUCAAGGCCAGGGGAGUUGGAUGGUGAUCUCUCUAUACUACAGGUGGAAGUUGAAAACCUAUCCUUAAAAGAGCGCACAUUAGAUGACCAAAUAAGAGAGAUGCAGGAAAAGUUGAGGGAUUUGAGUGAAGAUGAAAACAACCGAAAAUGGCUGUUUGUCACUGAAGAAGACAUUAAAGCCCUACCUUGCUUCCACAAUGAAACCCUGAUAGCAAUUAAAGCUCCACAUGGAACCACCUUGGAAGUCCCGGAUCCUGAUGAAGCAGUUGACUAUCCACAGAGGAGAUACAGGAUCAUACUUAGAAGCACAAUGGGACCCAUUGAUGUCUACCUUGUCAGUCAAUUUGAGGAGAAGUUUGAGGAUAUAAAUGGCGCUGAGCCACCUGUGAGUUUCCCAAUUGCUUCUGGUUCUGUGUCCAACGAACACCCAACAACAGAAGUGAUCACUGUGGAGAGCAGUGGAAAGGAAAUUGAACCUUGGGCGCAACAGGCUGAUCAAACGUGCUCUGAUAUUAACGCUUCUCAGGAGUUUGCUGGGGGAAUCAUGAAGAUUGUCCCCUCUGAUGUUGAUAAUGAUGCAGACUACUGGCUUUUGUCUGAUGCUGAAGUUAGCAUUACAGAUAUGUGGAGAACGGAUUCUGGUGUUGGAUGGAAUGGGGCAGACAUUCUACACUCCGACUUUGGAGUUUCUGAUGUUAGUAUAACAAGGCCACAAACUCCCCCAUCUGGGAUUGCUGAAAUUCCACCUCAUGCUGUUAACUUCUCUCAAAGGUGAAUUGUGUGACUAGCCUAUCUGUAGAAAUUUCAUGUAUCUACCCCAUCGGAGGCUUCCAUCUCUGUCGAUUAUUGCAUGGAGGUGCCAAGUAGUUGCUUGAUAAAUGAACACCGGCGAAGCUUGUGGAAGAAGCUGAUGGAUUACAAGCUGGGAAUUAUUGUUAUACUGUACAGUUCAGUAUGUCUUUGACCCCUGUUGUAGGAAUAAAGAGUUAAUCAUAAAACUUUAUAAUUGGUGGAUAUUCAGCAAGGAAUUGAUUGGCGGAUGAAAUAAUCGUAGGCUAUGCUACAUACGGGAGGAAGUAAUGCUGAAUCUAAAUGCAUAAUCUAGAGUUGUAUAAUGCAUGCUCAUUGUUUAAUGCACGCAUACCAUGGGGUUCCGUUUGGAAUCCUUUGUCUGUAAAUUCUGUGAUUUUAAACAUGUUGCAGGACGGGCUUGCUAGGUAUUGUCAAGGCAGCCAAGAUUUCUAGCCCUGAGUUCAAUCUUAUUUAUUUUCUUGCGAAUUGUUGACACCAUUUUUAUUGAAUACGUCACUUUUACUCGUUA